AUGUCCAUCUACACAGCAUCAGUCACCGCACCCGUUAACAUUGCCACUUUGAAAUAUUGGGGGAAAAGAGACACCAAGUUGAAUCUGCCCACCAACUCGUCCAUCUCAGUGACUUUAUCUCAGGAUGACUUGAGAACUUUGACCUCUGCAGCCGCCGCACCUGAGUUUGAAAGUGACACCUUAUGGUUAAAUGGAGAACCACACAGCAUUGACAAUGAGAGAACUCAAAACUGUCUGCGCGACCUGCGCCAGUUGAGGAAAGAAAUGGAAUCUAAAGACGCUUCGUUGCCCACUCUAUCUCAAUGGAAACUUCACAUUGUUUCCGAAAAUAACUUUCCUACAGCUGCCGGCUUAGCUUCCUCAGCUGCCGGAUUCGCUGCUUUGGUCUCUGCCAUUGCAAAAUUAUACCAAUUACCACAAUCCACUUCAGAAAUCUCAAGAAUUGCUAGAAAGGGUUCUGGUUCAGCUUGUAGAUCUUUGUUCGGCGGGUACGUAGCUUGGGAAAUGGGGAAAGCUGAUGAUGGUCACGAUUCUAUGGCGGUACAGAUUGCGGACAGCUCCGACUGGCCUCAGAUGAAAGCCUGUGUUCUAGUCGUCAGUGAUAUCAAAAAGGACGUCAGUUCCACCCAAGGUAUGCAAUUGACUGUGGAAACCUCUGAAUUAUUUAAAGAAAGAAUCGAACACGUCGUACCAAAGAGAUUCGAGAUCAUGCGUAAAGCCAUUGUCGAGAAAGAUUUUGCCACUUUUGCCAAGGAAACAAUGAUGGAUUCCAAUUCUUUCCAUGCCACAUGUUUGGACUCUUUCCCUCCAAUAUUUUACAUGAAUGACACUUCCAAGCGCAUUAUUAGUUGGUGCCACACCAUUAACCAGUUUUAUGGUGAAACAAUUGUCGCAUACACUUUUGAUGCUGGUCCAAAUGCUGUGUUAUACUACUUAUCUGAAAACGAAUCGAAGCUGUUUGCAUUUAUUUAUAAACUGUUUGGAGCUGUUCCAGGAUGGGACAAGAAGUUUACUGUUGAACAGCUUGAGGCUUUCAACCAACAAUUUGAAUCCUCUAACUUUACUGCGCGUGAAUUGGACCUUGAGUUACAAAGUGGUGUUUCCAGAGUGAUUUUGACUCAAGUUGGCUCAGGCCCCCAAGAAACGAAAGAAUCUCUGAUUGACGCAAAGACCGGUUUGCCAAAUAAAUAA